ACUCCUCAAUCCUGUCCGAGGGGUUGGUUAGAACAGAAAGGGACGUUCCAACCCAUGUUUGGAAAUGUUUACUCUGGGGCGCUAUCUGUCAGACAGAAGCCUCUAGAUUGCACUCCAGAGACCAUCUAGUAAUGUACCGUAAGGUGUCCAUUGGAAUUGAAUCUGGAGGGAGUUCAUUAUACUAACUAACCAUGGCUCAAGCGAAAAUCCACCACGCUAAAAUGACUGAAGCGGCUAAAGGCAAAUUCAGCAGAUCAAUGUCUAUGGCAGAUCGCUCUGGACAACUACUUGAAAGUUUGGACCAGCUGGAAAUAAGGGUGGAGGCUUUACGUGAAGUCGCAACUUCAAUGGAACAGGAGAGAGAGUGCUUACUGGAUUUGAUACAAUCCAUAAAGAACAGUGAAGAAAUGCGCAGCAUUUGUGACGGAGAGCGAGAGGAACUAUCUUUAACUGCUAAUCGUCUUCUGGGUAGGACGCUAACAGUUGAAAUCUCAGUGGAAACCAUAAGGAACUCCACACAGGAGGAUGCGUUACACAAGGCUACCUCUUUGAUUGAUGAGAUUGCAGCAAAGUUGCUUGACGACAUGGAUGGUGCCAGAAAGCUCCUGAUGGCACUGCAUGCCGCCUGUGUGACCGAAGCACCACCUGUUCCUAUCGAUACAAAAUUCCAGAUGAUCGUCAUCACCUGCGCCUUGGAAGAUCAGAAGAAAAUCAAGAGGCGGCUUGAAACUCUGAUAAGAAAUGUGUAUAAUGCUGAGAAGAAUAUAAAGAUAAUGGAUCAUCAGAAAGUGGAAGACUUAAACAGUGCCAAUGGCAAAUGAUGGCACUCAUACUGAUUACCCCCCCCUAAUAAAAUGCUAACAUUAGCUAGCUAAAAUCCAGUGAUCUCCCCUUAAUCUUAGCUAGCUAGCUAACAUUAUACUGCAUCUAAAAUCAAUCUGGUAACAUCAAAAUGAUGACAAAAGGUUUUCCUACUAAUUAUUUUCCUUCUUUAGAAAUGUAAUUGUAUUUCCAAGCCACAGUAAUGCACUUUAGACUAAAUUUUAAUCGACGCCCAAUCAGAAGACAUGAGUAGAAUGCUAUAGGGCACCUAAAACGAACGCUCAAAACAAUAUUGAGACAAAACGUGCCACCGAUGAUACGAACACUGUCACAUUCAAACCGUCACUACAAAUUGCAUAUCAAAUUAUUGCACAGUCACAUUUUUAUUUUCUGAAUGUGAAGUUACCCGCACACUGCCUUAUCUAGUUGCAAUAAGCACACAGGCUGUCACUCAUUUAGGCAUUUCAAAAUGCAUCUAAAUUGUUUUUGUUUAAUCAUCUUAGUAUGAUCACUUACAUCUUAAGUGUUAAUCCUUGACAUUGGUAUCUAUUGACACAUGUUUUGCUACUCUCAGAUCAUUACAGUAAACCUGGAUUAUAGGUCACAACUUAACUCAAAACAGAAGGUUCAUAUCUUUAUGUAGGGAUGUGUUAGGUACAUAUAUAAUUGUGAACAACCACUCCAGAAAUAGCCAAAGUAACGGUAUCUGUGAGAGCUCUUUGCUGUGGUCACAGACAUCAUUAGAGACAAUGUACUAUGUCAAUACAUCAUAAAUAGGCAUUUCACAUGCAGGUGCAAAGUGAGCAACAUGCACAGCACAUGCAUAUAUGUAAUACUAGGCAGUCAUUUUAGAUGUCCAUUAACACACACAUUUAGGUUUUUCAAAGCAAGUCACUGAUGUUUUGAAUAAAUAUGAUUUAUGUAUUCCACUUGCUGAAAGACAGUUAUUCUACAAUCUUUGGGGGAUGGUCUCAUUGCAAUGUUUCUACUUGUAAUUCUAACAAACCAAACAAUUGAAAAGGUGGGUAAAAUAAACAUAUUUUAAGUGUAGCUAAUACGUUCCUAUUUUUUAAUGCUUCAUUUAACAUUUUACAAUAAAACUGUGUACAUUAAGAUUUAC